AUGCCUGUUCAGGCGUUUUUGGGAACCGUCUUUGAGACGCCGGACCGGCACACACUGAACAUUAUCCAGGACGCCCUGGUUGUGGUGCAUGACGGCACAAUUGAGCAGGUGCUCGAUCCGGCAACCGAUGCUGCAACCUAUGCAAGCGCCCUCGAGGCGGCUUCGGCCGCCGGCCACCUUACUCGCCUCCAGAAGGGCCAGUACCUGAUUCCUGGACUCAUUGAUCUGCACGUCCACGCACCACAGUGGCCGCAGCUUGGCAUGGCACUUGAUAAGAGUUUAGAUGCGUGGCUACAGCAGUACUCGUUCCCGUUGGAGGCGCGUUACAAAGAUCUGGAGUUUGCGGAGAAGUCGUACAGCUCACUCGUGUCCGCGCUGUUGGCGAAUGGAACGACGACGGUGGCGUACUUUGCGUCGAUUCACCUAGAGGCCAGCCUGCUCCUUGCACGUAUCUGCUUGGAGAAGGGACAGCGCGCAGUGGUGGGCCGCGUGGCAAUGGACCUUGUUGAUCAGUGCCCCGAGUACUACCGAGACGCCUCGCCGGAGGAGUCAGUGGCGCAGUCAGAGGCCUUUGUGCAGCAGGUGCGUGCACUGAAGGGCAACACGGAAGGCCUCGUGCUCCCGGCCGUGAUCCCUCGUUUCAUUCCGAGUUGCAGCGAUGCAGCGCUAGUUGGACUGGGUGAGGUGGCGAAGAACUAUGGCUGCCAUGUGCAGACACACUGCUCCGAGAGUGAUUGGGAGCAUAACUAUGUGAUUGAGCGGUGCGGCAAGCAUGACGCCCAUGCGCUCGACGACUUUGGGCUUUUGACUCGACGGACCAUCCUGGCACACUGCAACUACCUUUCCACGGAGGACAUGCAACUGGUAAAGGCGCGCGAGGCAGCUGUGGGUCAUUGCCCGCUCUCUAACUUCUACUUUUCCGGUGCCGUUUUCCCAUUGAAAAAGGCUUUGGAUAUAGGCGUGCAUGUGGGCAUGGGGACGGACAUCUCUGGAGGCCCGAGUGCCUCGCUCUUUGACGCAUGCCGCUACGCCCUCGCGGCGGGCCGCGCGCUAGAGAGCGGUACCGAUCCGUGUCUGAGUGCUACAGAGCGCAGCCAGCACAGCGGCGCCCGCGUGAGCAAUGUGGAAGUAUUCUUCGUGGCUACCGCAAGUGGUGGCAUCUCCCUCGACCUCAAGGUCGGCCGCAUCGCUCCUGGCUACAUGUUCGACGCAUUGGUGAUCGACACCACGCUUCCGAACAGCAGCCUGAUGGUCUUUGAGGGCCUCGACACCCUGGAGGACGUCUUCGAGAAGAUUCUCUAUAACGCGGCGCCGCACAACAUUCUGCAAACGUACGUAAAUGGACGUCUAGUCUCGCAGCGCUAA